AUGAUGAAUGUCUUUCAGGAUAUAACACAUCUUCAACAUGUGAAUGACGAGUCUUGUACACAAGGAUCAAGUUCAGAGCAACCAGUCAGGAAUGAUAGUCUGAGACCCAUGUUUGGUGCGUCAGAUGAAUUAUCUUUGUUUUCAGCCUGUGGUCUUGGCGCACAUUCCAGUUCAUUUGUUCAGGCUUCCAAGAAUACAUCUAAAAAGUUGGUUUCUAGCAACACAGUCCAACCUCCAACAUUUCCUCUGCAACCAGAGUGGAUAUACUCACGCGGGACGCUUUGGGAUGACUUCCUGUCGAUUUCACUUAAUUCAGAAUCUUUCCAGCAACUCCCCAUCGAAUCUCUUUCAAAUGCAGUCCAGGAAUACGCUGUUGUUAGCGAUCUACUACAGUGUUUGCAAGGUAACCAAGGAGUUUACAUCAAACCUCUGCCUUUAUCGAAUCGUUACGCAGUCCGAUGUUUUAAAGUAGAUGAAAAAAUGACCGAUCGUUAUGAGCUUCCUACGUGUGAAGAACUUGUUUAUAAUAAAGAGCAUUCAGUGUUUCUUGAUAAAAUUGACCAAGCUCAUCUGUACGCAAGCACUUUAUUAUUGAAAUUGAUGCUACAACAAAAGGAUUUAAAAGAACACCUAAAAUCUGUUAAGCGUUUCUUUCUGUUGGAUCAAGGUGAUUUUAUUGUUCAUUUUAUGGAUGCCGCUGCAGCAGAAUUACGUAAAAAUAGCGAAAUUAUUUCUCAACUACGUUUAAAUUCUUUAUUGGAAUUGGCACUUCGUACUAGCACUGCUAAUAGUGAUCCAUUCAAAGAUAAUUUAUCCGUUGUGAUAUUUCAAUUUGAUUUAAUCUCUCAAAUUUUAAUGGUUCUACGAGCUGGAUCAGAAGACGAACCGGACGUCUUACCGAUCGAGGAUAAAAAUCUUUCAGGACUAGAGGCUUUCUGUUUGGAUUAUAGAGUUGGCUGGCCUAUUGAUUUAGUGCUCAAUCGUCAAGUAAUGGAUCGCUAUCAAAUGCUUUUCCGUCAUCUUUUAUACUGCAAACAUGUUGAGAGAUUACUAUGCAACUCAUGGAUUCUAGGCAAACUUGCUCGUAAAUGUGAUAACCUUAUGACUACCUGGUUUACAACCGCUUUCCUAUUGGCCCAACGAAUGCUUAUUUUUAUUCAACAUUUCCAAUAUUACAUGUCUGUUGAGAUCAUUGAACCAGCAUGGCACAAUUUUUUCAAACGCGUUGACAAAGUAUCUAAUUUGGACUUACUUUUAGACUCACAUCUACAUUUUUUGGAAGUAUGUAUGGAUGAUUGUUUACUAGCUAGUCCUGAUCUAUUAAGUUUAGUUGGAAAAUUAUCUGUAGCCUGUGUAACGUUUGCUAAUUUUAUCCAACACUUGGCGUUCUCUAUAACAGGAGUCAAUUUAUCAUCAUCUGGAGAUAAUGAUCAAUGUAUUGUUUAUUUAUCGCGGCAUAGUAAUGAUAUGGAAAGGCCUUUCCUACACGAUCCAACACCGUCAUCAAAUUUAGGUCGAACAAAGAAUGAUUUAAAAUAUGCACCUCGUGAAUCUACCACUAGUUCAGUAGAAUCUAUGAUGACAAAGGUUACUAGAGAAGAGUUUGGUAGAAUGAGUUUGUCAGAUGAUAUGGCUAAAACGGUUACAAACUUUGAUACAAAUUUCAACAGAAUGUUAGUUGAACUGCUUGAAAAGAUCAAACAAUAUGCUAAGCAUCACAGUAAACUGUUAAGUCUAGUAUCAAGACUCGAUUUCAAUGAAUUUUACACUGAAUUUGCUAUGCAGUAUGAUCAGAGCGAGCGAUCUCCUGAAUCACCCGGUGAUCAUGAACCGUCUCUUGAUAAAGAUACCCUUGUCGAACACAAAUCAGUACCACAAACAAACUCGGAAUCCGACAAUGAGGAUUAUAUAUAA